AUGGAGGUGGAGAGAGUGCAGACCUUGGCCAUCAGAGGGCUGAACGAGCUUCCAGUGAAGUUCGUUCGACCAGCCCACGAGCAGCCCGAGAAUAGCAAGGCCCUAGAGGGAGUCAUGGUGCCCGUGAUCUCCCUCGCUCAACCUCAUGAUGUUGUGGUCAAGGAGGUGGCAGCGGCAGCCACUGCAUGGGGCUUCUUUCUCAUUACUGACCACGGCAUACCGUCACCUUUGAUCCAGCAAUUGCAGAAGGUAGGGCAUGAGUUCUUUUUGCUCCCACAGGAGGAGAAAGAGGCCUAUGCAAAUGACCCAGCCAGUGGGAGGUUUGAUGGGUAUGGGACUAAGAUGACCAAGAACCAUGACGAGAAGGUCGAGUGGAUCGACUAUUUUUUCCAUCUGACUGCCCCUCCAUCUAAGGUCAACUAUGAAAUCUGGCCUAAGAACCCUCCAUCUUACAGGGAAGUGAAUGACCAAUACAACAAGGAGAUGCUAAGAGUAACAGACAAGUUACUGGAGGUGCUUUCAGAGGGUCUAGGGCUGGAAGCAAAGGUUCUGAAAUCUCAUCUGGGAAAUGAAGAAGUAGAAUUGGAAAUGAAAAUCAACAUGUACCCUCCAUGCCCACAACCCCAACUGGCCCUAGGAGUUGAGCCCCACACUGACAUGUCAGCCCUAACCCUGCUAGUCUCCAAUGAUGUUCCAGGCCUUCAGCUGUGGAAAGAUGACAACUGGGUUGCUGUCAAUUACUUGCCAAAUGCAGUUUUUGUUCACAUUGGUGAUCAGAUGGAGGUCUUGAGCAAUGGCAAGUACAAGAGUGUUCUUCACAGAAGCUUGGUGAACAAGGAACGUAUGCGCAUGUCGUGGGCUGUUUUUCUUGCUCCUCCGCACGAGGCUGUGAUUGGGCCUCUGCCGGAGCUUCUGGAAGAGAAAAACCCUGCCAAAUACUCAACCAAGACAUAUGCUGAAUACCGACACCGGAAAUUCAACAAGAUCCCACAAUAG